GCAGUGAGUGGGAGAUCGGAGCAGCGGAUUUGGGGAAGACGCCGGGAAGCAGAGGAGGAGGGCAGUCGACUCGGGGCAGCCGGGAGCCGUGCCCCCCCCCCCCCUUUGUGGCCCCCCCUGUGCCCUCACCCACAUGGGAAGCUACUCGCAAGGCGAAGCAGCAGUGCGGGGCCGCGAGUGACGAUGGGGGCGGGCGAGGAGGGGCUCAUCGGGAUCCCGUUCCCCGAGCACAGCGCCGACAUCCUGAGCAGCCUCAACGAGCUGCGGCGCGGCGGGCAGCUCUGUGACCUCCUGCUGCAGGUCCGCGGCCGCGAGUUCCGCACCCACCGCGCCGUCCUCGCCGCCUGCAGCCGCUACUUCCGCGAGCUCUUCACGUCCGGCGAGGAGCCGGCACUGGCGAGCGAGCGCCCCUCGACCCCGGCGACCCCGGCGACCCCGCCGGCAGGCGUCGGCGUCGGCGGCGGCGGCAACGGCGGCAGCCCGGCGGCGACCGCGGCGGCGGCGGUGGCGUACCGCGUGGACUUCGUGUCGGCCGGCGCCAUGGCGGCGUUGCUGGACUUUGCGUACACGGCGACGCUCACGGUGACGAGUGGCACGCUGCCCGACGUGCUCAGCGCCGCGCGCCUCCUCGACAUCCCCUGCGUCAUCGCCGUGUGCCGGGACAUCAUGGAGGCCGCCGCCGCCGGCAGCAGCAGCAGCGACGAUGGUGGAGGUGGGGACGGCGGCGACGGCGGCGAUGGUGGCGGCGGCGAUGACUGUGGUGGUGGUGGUGGUGUGGAAGAGGAUGCGGAGGAGGAGGAGGAUGUGGGGGAGCGGCCGCUUGUUGGGUGGACGGGCAUGGAGGGGUGGGGGGCGGCCGAGCCGCCUCGGCUGAGAGCAGCGGCUCCGUGCCCGGGGACCGGUUCCCGCAGGAAACGCGCGGGGCCCUGGGGGCCCCCCUUCCACCUGCGGCACCGGGACGGGGGAGGCCCAGCGGCCCCCGACGACCCCACGGACCUCACCGCGGACGACGCGGACGACGCGAUCGCGAAGCCGACGGCGUCACCACCGCCGAUGACCUCGCCGCCCCGCGCCGCACCCUCGCCGCCGCCGCCGCCGUCCUCGUCGUCGCCAUCGCCGCCGCCGUCACCGCUGCCGCCGCGCACCGUCAAGGUGGAACCGGGAAGCGAGAGGCAGGCAGGGGCCUCCGCUCCCACGCACGCCCUCGGGGGGCGGUUUGACCCCACGACCUUCAACCCGGAGUCGUUCGGCCCCACGCCCUACGACCCCGCCGCGCCCUACGACCUCGGCUUCAAACGCAACUGGCGACGCCGAGGGGCUCGUGGCGGGCGCAAGCGGAGCCGGCUCGACGGCGGCGCCGGCAGCGGUGGCCGAGGGAGACCCGGGUCACCGCGCUCGUCCCCGCUGCCUCCUGCCCACCCGUCGUCCUCGUCGUCGUCGUCGUCUUCGCCGCCGUCGUCGCCGCCGUCUUCGCCGCCGCCGGCACCGCAGCACCAGCAGCAGCAGCAGCAGCAGUUGGCGCGCGAGCAGCUGCUGGCGAUGGUGAAGAGCGAGCCGGGCGAGGAGUUCGACCUGGGCGCCUGCCUCGGCCUGCUCUACUCCUCGUCGGCGCUCUCCGGCCUGUCGGCCGCCGUGGUGCUCGGCGAGGUGGACGGCCGCGGCUACCGGCCCAAGGCGAGCCAGGAGUGCCCCGUGUGCCACAAGGUGAUCCAGGGCGCCGGCAAGCUGCCCCGGCACAUGCGCACGCACACGGGCGAGAAGCCGUACAUCUGCGGCACGUGCGGAGUGCGAUUCACCAGGCAGGACAAGCUGAAGAUCCACAUGCGCAAGCACACGGGCGAGCGCCCCUACGCUUGCGCCUGCUGCGGAGCCGCCUUCAUGCACAGCUACGACCUCCGCAACCACGCGCGCACUCACACGGGGGCGCGUCCCUACCAGUGCCCCACGUGCCCCAAGACGUUCACACGCUCCGACCACCUCCACCGCCACGUCAAGCGCCAGAGCUGCCGAGCCGGUGGCCCCCACGCCGGCGGCCCUCGCCGCCACCGUCUGCCCAAGCCGGAGCGCGACCCCGGCGCCGAGGGGGCACCGUGGCCCACCAGGGCCGGGCGUGGAGGGGUGCGGGGGGGCGGCGGUGGGGGCUGCUCGGGGGCGACGGCGGCGGAGGGGGGCUGGUGCCCCCCCGGGGAUAGAGGGGGAGGGCGCGGGCGCCGGCGUGGCCGGGGAGGGGGUCGCGGUUCCCGUACGGAGCGCUACGCCGUCAGCCGCGCCAUGAUGAUGCAGCACCAGCAGCACCAGCAGCACCGCGACGCGGGGCCGCCGGGACGGCACGAGCGCCUGCACGCGUCGCCGCCGUCGCCGCCUCCUCCUCCCCCCCCGGCGCCGCCGUGCCCAGCCGCCCCUCCGCCGGACCCGGCCACCGGCUACGCGGCGAGCGCUUUCUACGGCGAGAUCUUCGGGCGCCUGGGAGACGCGGGCGUCGGCGGCGCCAGCAACGGCGCGGCGCCGGACGACGCGGUGGCGCGGGGCUUCUUCGGGCACCGGCCCCACCCGCACCUCUACCCGCUGCUGCAGAUGCAGCAGGCCAUCGCGGCCGAGUACUGCGCCAAGGCGCAGCUGGGCCCCGGCGGCGCCGGAGGAAGGACGGCGCCGCUGCUGGCGCCGGCCGCGCUCGCGGAGUUGCACGGCUUCCCGGCGUUCCCCCGCGCCAUCGACGGCGUGCGGCAAUAGCCGCCCCCCCCCCCGAACUUCCCUUCCAAACUCCGGGACCACGUGACCCCCCCUCCCCCCUCCCCUCCCUCCUCCGUCACCCUUCGUGGCCCUCUCCUGCCCCUGCCGGAGUUCUGAGCCGAGUCGAAGUUUUGCGCCGACCGUGCCGGAACCGGGAAGGUCCGGACGAGGGCCGGGAUGGUGCCGGCGAUUGGACGCCGGCUCUGGGGUCUGGCGCCAGCUGACGACGAGGAGACGGGGGAGGGGCGGGCGGGCGGGCGGGGUCCACUCCCCCCCUGCCCCCUCCGACC